AUGAAUCUCUCAUUUGGAUUUCUCCUGUCCUUUCGGCCUUUCACUUAGAUAUCCCCAGAUAAUAUCACACCACACACAUGCACACACUACAUAUAUACGCAUAUGCGCGUGUAUAAUUUUAUAUAUACACACACAUAACGCUCCAAAUAUCUGUGCCCUUCAUAUGAUUGCUCUUUCCUCCCUUUGUCUUUCUUGAUUAAUCCUUGGGAGACCUUCAAUAUAAUAACAAGUCAUCUCUUUUGUCCAUUUCAUCAGUCAUUCUUAUUGUCAAGAGAGAUCGAAUAUGCAUCAUAAUCUUAGCCGCCGUGGCCACCCUAUCGUUCCUUGUCUGUGCUGCCAUCCUCAAAGCUACAUUCGCCUCGUUCAGCAUCUGAUCGAGAGAUGCUUGAUGCUCCAUAUGAGCCGAGAUCAGUGCAUCAAGGCACUUGAGGAACGUGCCGGGAUUCGACCUCUUGUCACUUUGACAGUAUGGAGAGAGCUACUAAAGGAGAACAGAGACUUCUUCUGGGCAUACUUUCAAGCUAUCUCCCAUCGACCGUUUGCUGGUAGGCACUUCAGGAAUUUACGGCAAACCACAAAAAGAAGGCAUGGAUGAGCUUGAGCGACUGACUAACACCCUUUUCCCCUUCAUUCUUCCGUUUUGAGGAGGCACGCUGCAUGGUUUUGCAUCUUUUAUGUUACUUGGAUGCUAUGUGUUGCUAAUAAGCUAGGGUUUCGAAAUGAAAGCCGUUUACUAUCAGUAAACAUUGUGCUCAACCAUUCGAGGAGAAGAUAUUAAUUACAGCGUGUAA